UCGAAAUCUGAAGUUAGCGCCAUUUGAAUUGAAGUAACUAGUAUCCAAUGAAGCUUUUCAGUUCCUUUGUUGCUUCUUCUUAUUCAUUCCCUACGACUACUCUCUAUCCUCUUCCUGCUGCUCUUAUCCUACGCACUCCCUGCCUUAUUCUGCGCCACCCUCUUCCACUCUCUCCUCCCUCCCUCUCCGCCAGAACCACCCUCCCUCGCACUCUCAGCGCUUCACCCACCCAUAACCACCCCUAUCCCGCCCCAAGCCCUCAUUUUGCACAAUUUGAAACACGGAAGUUCAAAGUUGAGCUCUUGCAGAAGCUUUCAGAUGACAUAGAUGAGUUUGGGAAUGACCUUGAUGCUGUUGUUGACGUCUGUGCUCAGAUAUUUCAUGAGUUUUUGUGCAAAGAGUAUGGAGGUCCUGGGACAUUGUUGGUGGAGCCAUUCACUGAUAUGUUGGUAGCUCUAAAGAAGAAGAAGUUGCCAGGAGCAGCUCUGGCUGCAAGGGCAUCACUUUUAUGGGCACAAAGUUUUGUUGAUGAGGAUUGGGAAGUUUGGAACUCAAAGCUGAAGUGACUUCUACUUC